UCGGACGCGGUCUCUCGGAAUUGAGAGUCCAAACGAACCCGAAAUCCCUCGCUCUUCGUCAAUCUUCUUCGUCUACCUCCGAACUCGGCGGUUGCAGACUCGCCGUCGCCGCAAAAUCGGCCGAAUCCACCGGAGAAACGAUGUCCUACGAUGACGUGGAGAUAGAAGAUAUGGAGUGGAACCAGGAACUGCAGGCCUACACUUACCCAUGCCCCUGCGGCGACUUGUUCCAGAUCACGAAGGAGGAUCUUAGGCUCGGCGAAGAGAUUGCUCGGUGCCCUAGCUGCUCUCUUUACAUCACAGUCAUCUACAACAUGGAAGAUUUUCUUGGAGAUUCUGAUCAGAAGAAUAACAAAGGAAUUCAGCCCUCCAAACAACAGCCUAUCGUCGUCGCUUGAGAAAUCAGAGUGCUCGAUCGCUAGUCAUGGUGUCACCACAGCAGCUGCAAUUGUUGCAGAUGAAAUUUUGUCAGCCAUUGUUGAUUCUGAGGUGUUCGUUGGUAUUAUAGUUUCUCUAUUUCAUUUUUUUCUUUUCCAGAAUUUAUAUAGGAAAUAGAGGAAGGUAGAGUGAGAGUGGCAUGCGUGAAAAGGCGUCGAAUUACUGUUUUUGUUCCUUCAAAUUUUUUUAUAGAUUCUUGAUCUUUUCCCUCACUAAUUCGAAUACCUCCAUGAUCUGACAGUGGAGAGAACUUUCAUACAUAAGAUGGAUGAAAAACCCGAACGAUGUAUUUAUCUUUUGGUUGCUUGGUAGUGACAUGGUUUCUUUGUUGCGUCA